CAAGGCUUGCUCUUUCGGGUGGGGCCCGACCGCCGGUUGUGCCGAGGUCCAGUUCGCCCCCGCGGAGGACUACUUUUCCUCCCGCGGAGGGACUACUUCCGCGGAGGCGUCGGUUCUGGCGGCGCGCACGGCAUGGCGGCUGCGGCGGCGCGCCUGAGGUAGAGGGACGCCGGCCCGGUCAGGCCUUGGCGCGGCCUACACGCUUCGUUCGCCCGCUCCCGCUCCUCGCCCCGCGCCAGGCCAUGGCGGAGCCCUCCCCCGCCCGACGCCCGGUGCCCCUUAUCGAGUCGGAGCUGUACUUCCUCAUCGCCCGGUACCUGUCGGCCGGCCCGUGUCGGAGAGCAGCCCAGGUGCUGGUGCAGGAGCUGGAGCAGUACCAGUUGCUGCCGAAGAGGUUGGAUUGGGAAGGCAACGAGCACAACAGGAGCUACGAGGAAUUGGUUUUGUCCAAUAAGCAUGUGGCUCCUGAUCAUCUGUUGCAAAUCUGCCAGCGCAUCGGUCCCAUGUUGGAUAAAGAAAUUCCACCCAGUAUUUCAAGAGUCACUUCUUUACUUGGUGCAGGAAGGCAGUCUUUGCUACGUACAGCAAAAGACUGCAGGCACACAGUUUGGAAGGGCUCUGCCUUUGCUGCUCUUCAUAGAGGAAGACCUCCUGAAAUGCCGGUGAAUUAUGGUUCCCCACCAAAUCUUGUGGAGAUACAUCGAGGAAAACAACUCACAGGGUGUUCCACUUUUAGCACAGCAUUUCCAGGAACUAUGUAUCAGCAUAUAAAACUGCACAGAAGGAUUCUUGGACAUCUGUCUGCUGUUUACUGUGUAGCAUUUGAUAGGACGGGACACAGAAUCUUUACAGGUUCAGAUGAUUGUUUGGUGAAGAUUUGGUCAACACACAAUGGCCGCCUACUAUCCACUUUAAGAGGUCAUUCUGCAGAAAUUUCAGAUAUGGCAGUAAACUACGAGAAUACCUUGAUUGCUGCAGGGAGCUGUGAUAAAAUAAUUAGAGUGUGGUGCUUGAGAACUUGUGCCCCAGUUGCUGUGCUCCAGGGACACACGGGGUCAAUUACAUCUUUACAGUUUAGCCCAAUGGCCAAAGGCUCUCAAAGAUACAUGGUCUCUACUGGUGCUGAUGGGACAGUUUGUUUUUGGCAGUGGGAUUUAGAAUCCCUGAAAUUCAGUCCACGUCCCUUGAAGUUCACUGAAAAGCCUAGACCAGGCGUUCAAAUGCUUUGUUCUUCUUUUAGUGUUGGUGGUAUGUUUUUAGCCACAGGUAGUACUGAUCAUGUAAUCAGAAUGUAUUUUUUGGGUUUUGAAGCACCUGAAAAAAUCGCAGAACUUGAAAGUCACACUGAUAAAGUUGAUAGCAUCCAAUUUUGUAACAACGGUGACCGGUUCUUAAGUGGUAGCAGAGAUGGAACAGCACGGAUUUGGAGGUUUGAGCAGUUAGAAUGGAGAAGCAUUUUAUUGGAUAUGGCUACCAGAAUCUCAGGGGAUUUAUCUUCCGAAGAGGAAAGGUUUAUGAAACCCAAAGUAACAAUGAUAGCUUGGAAUCAAAAUGAUAGUAUUGUUGUGACAGCCGUGAAUGAUCAUGUCCUCAAAGUGUGGAAUUCUUACACUGGACAGCUGCUUCAUAACUUAUUGGGACAUGCUGAUGAAGUGUUUGUAUUGGAGACACAUCCCUUUGAUUCCAGGAUUAUGUUAUCUGCAGGACAUGAUGGCAGCAUAUUUAUAUGGGAUAUUACAAAAGGCACCAAGAUGAAACACUAUUUUAAUAUGAUUGAAGGACAAGGACGUGGAGCUGUAUUUGACUGUAAAUUUUCACAGGAUGGACAGCAUUUUGCCUGUACAGAUUCUCACGGACAUCUUCUGAUAUUUGGUUUUGGAUGCAGCAAGCCUUAUGAAAAGAUCCCUGAUCAGAUGUUCUUCCACACUGACUAUCGACCACUUAUUAGGGAUUCGAACAAUUAUGUCUUAGAUGAGCAAACUCAGCAGGCGCCUCACCUCAUGCCUCCACCAUUUUUGGUAGACGUAGAUGGAAAUCCUCAUCCCACCAAGUAUCAGAGAUUGGUACCAGGCCGAGAAAAUUCUGCAGACGAGCAUUUGGUUCCACAGCUAGGCUAUGUGGCAACAAGUGAUGGAGAGGUAAUUGAACAAAUUAUAAGCCUACAAACUAAUGAUAAUGGUGAGCGCAGCCCAGAGUCCAGUGUUCUUGAUGGAAUGAUAAGGCAGUUGCAGCAGCAGCAAGAUCAGAGGAUGGGAGCAGGCCAGGAUGCUAUUCCAAGUGGACUUCCAAACGGGGAAGAAACGCCACGCAGAGGUUUUAGAAGACUAAGCUUAGAUAUCCAGUCUCCUCCAAAUAUUGGGCUGCGUCGUAGUGGACAAGUUGAAGGUGUUCGUCAGAUGCACCAGAAUGCUCCCCGUAGUCAGAUUGCUACGGAACGUGACCUGCAGGCUUGGAAAAGAAGAGUGGUUGUACCAGAGGUACCACUAGGCAUAUUUAGGAAGUUGGAAGACUUCAGGAUAGAGAAAGGUGAAGAGGAAAGAAAUCUUUAUAUAAUUGGAAGAAAAAGGAAGACUCUCCAGCUCUCACAAAAGUCUGACUCAGUGGUUUUGAUGUCACAGUCUAGGCAGAGGACAUGUAGGCGCAAAUAUCCAGUUUAUGGUAGAAGAAAUCUUGGAUGGAUUGAGUUAUCUUCUGGAAAUGAAUCUUCGAGCUCUAUAAGACAUGAGACUUCCUGUGAUCAAAGUGAAGGUUCUUGUUCUUCUGAAGAAGAAGAAUGGAAAAGUGAUAGAAGAAGUGAAAGUGAUAGUGACAGUACAAGUGACUCUUCAUCGAGAUAUUCUGAUUGGACAGCUGAUGCAGGCAUCAAUUUGCAGCCUCCUUUACGAACAUCAGCUCGUCGACGAAUUACCCGAUUUUGUAGUAGUUCAGAGGAUGAAAUGUCAACUGAGAAUUUAUCUCCUCCAAAAAGGAGACGAAAGAGAAAGAAAGAAAAUGAGUCUAAAAAAGAGAAUUUGCGGAGGGUGACUCCGACGGAGCUCACAGAUACGGAACAUUUAUAUGAAUUUCAUCCUCCGGUUUGGAUAACUGACACCACACUUCGAAAGUCUCCUUUUGUUCCUCAAAUGGGUGAUGAGGUAAUAUAUUUUCGACAGGGUCAUGAAGCUUAUAUUGAGGCUGUCAGAAGAAAUAACAUUUAUGAACUGAACCCUAACAAGGAGCCAUGGAGAAAAAUGGAUCUUAGGGAUCAAGAAUUGGUCAAAAUAGUUGGAAUACGAUACGAGGUUGGGCCCCCCACACUCUGUUGCCUCAAACUAGCGUUUAUAGAUCCUGCAACUGGAAAACUUCUGGACAGAUCCUUCUCUAUUAGAUACCAUGAUAUGCCAGAUGUUAUUGACUUUCUUGUAUUGCGUCAGUUUUACGACGAAGCAAGGCAGAGGGAUUGGCAGUCUUGUGACAGGUUCCGUUCUAUCAUUGACGAUGCUUGGUGGUUUGGGACGGUGCUCAGUCAGGAGCCCUAUCAGCCACAGUACCCCGAUAGUCAUUUCCAGUGCUAUGUUGUUAGGUGGGACAAUACUGAAAUUGAAAAGCUUAGCCCAUGGGACAUGGAACCAAUUCCUGAUAAUGUUGAUCCACCUGAAGAAUUAGGAGCUAGUAUUUCUGUCACUUCAGAUGAACUAGAGAAAUUGCUCUACAAACCACAAGAUGGGGAAUGGGGUCAGAAAUCAAGAGACGAAGAAUGUGAACGAAUUAUUAGUGGUAUAGAUCAACUUUUGAAUCUCGAUAUAGCAGCAGCUUUUGCAGGGCCAGUUGAUCUGUGCACAUAUCCGAAGUACUGUACUGUCGUAGCUUAUCCAACUGAUCUUUACACAAUUCGAAUGAGACUUGUUAAUCGAUUUUACAGGAGGCUAUCUGCAUUAGUUUGGGAAGUCAGAUAUAUAGAACAUAAUGCCAGAACAUUUAAUGAACCUGAGAGUGUAAUUGCAAGAUCAGCUAAGAAGAUAACUGACCAACUUUUAAAAUUUAUCAAGGAUCAAGACUGUACAAAUAUCUCAGAACUUUCUAACACUUCUGAAAAUGAUGAGCAAAAUGCAGAGGAUUUGGAUGAUAGUGAUCUUCCUAAAACAUCUUCUGGGAGAAGGAGAGUCCACGAUUGGAGGAAAAGGAGCAUCAGAGCAACCAACUAUGUUGAAAGCAACUGGAAGAAACAGUGUAAGGAAUUAGUGAACUUAAUUUUUCAAUGUGAAGAUUCUGAGCCAUUUAGACAACCCGUUGAUUUGGUUGAAUAUCCAGACUACAGAGAUAUCAUAGAUACUCCAAUGGAUUUUGGAACAGUAAGGGAAACUUUAGAAGCGGAAAAUUAUGACAGCCCUUUGGAAUUUUGCAAGGACAUCCGGUUGAUAUUUAGCAAUGCAAAAGCAUAUACACCAAACAAAAGAUCAAAGAUUUAUAGUAUGACCUUGAGAUUGUCUGCCUUAUUUGAAGAAAAAAUGAAGAAAAUCUCCUCUGAUUUUAAAAUUGGUCAAAAAUUCAAUGAAAAACUUCGAAGGAGCCAGAGGUUCCAGAGACGGCAAAGUUGUAACCGUGUCAACCAGGCUAACAGAAAUGUCAGAAAUGUCAAACAGAAGCGUUUAAAAUCUCAGACGAGAGUAAUUCCUGAGUUGGUAGGUUCCCCCACCCAGUCUACCUCAAGUCGGGCAGCUUAUUCUGCAAGCCGCAGGAGGAGUGCUAGUGUGUCUUCGGGUGGUACUUCUUCUAGUGACUCGUCAGAUUCAACAGGAUCAUCAGAAAGAACGAGGAGAAAUAGGCCCGUCACUGUGACCAAUGGUUCUACAUUAUCUGACAGGGAAAUGGAAGAUUCCUUAGGUACCUCUUCGUCAUCUUCAGCUUCACAUAGUUCCGAGGAAAGCAAAGAGAGUUCAAGAGCUCGUGAACCCUCCUUACGUGGUAGGCUGGCGAGAAGCAGCAAUCUCAGGGUGACCAGAACCAGAGCUGCUCAGAGAAAAACUGGUCCAGUUUCUUUAGAAAAUGGAUGUGGCAGAAAAGCCACUCGAAAGAGAGUCUAUUUAAGUGACUCUGAUAACAAUUCAUUGGAGACUGGCGAAAGGCGAAAAGCCAGAGCUGGAAAUAACAGGAAAGUUCUACGAAAGUGUGCUGCUGUGGCUGCCAAUAAGAUAAAGCUAAUGAGUGACGCAGAGGAGAAUUCUAGCUCUGAAAGUGUCUGUUCCGGCCGUAAGUUGCCUCACCGGAAUGCUUCUGCUGUAGCUAGAAAAAAGUUACUACAUAAUUCUGAAGAUGAUCAGAGCUUAAAAUCAGAAAUUGAAGAAGAGGAGCUAAAACACCAAAAUCAACCAUCACCCGUGUCCAAUUCUCAUGCUGCCCAGAACGCUGACAGUGACUCUGAAAAUGGAGUUUCAGAGUCAGAAAGUGAUUUGCAGGUAGUCCGGAAAGGUUGGCAUGCUAAUGGUUACAAGUCCCACACUCCAACUUCUAAAACAAAAUUUCUUAAAAUAGAGUCUUCUGAAGAUGACUCUAAAAGUCAUGGUUCGGAUAAUGGACAUCACAGAACUGCUGGCCCAUCAACAUCUGGGCAGAAACAGCAGGCAGAAAACAUCUCAGAGGAAAAGGAGGAAGCAGAUUCUGAACCGAGAAAGUAUGCUGGUAGGAAAUACAACACAGGUCGCAAGAAUGCAACUUUCCUUAAAAAAGCAAAGAUCGUCAGUGAUUCAGAGGACUCUGAAUCCGAAGAAGGUAGAGAAGAUGGUGAAUGUCACAGAAUGGAAACAAGCCAAAUUUCAGGAAAUUUGAAGUGUGACCCUGUUGCCGGGUCUCAGUGUUUCUCAGAUCACAUAUCUGAAACUGAUUUGGAUUCAGAUGAUGAUAAAACAAAAGAAAAAGCAAACAAUUUUAUGAAAGAUUCUGCAUCACAAGACCAUGGACACAGCAGAAAAUUUUCCAGGAAAAGGGUCUGUUCCAGUGACUCAGACAGCAAUUCCAAGGAGGUUAAGAAGGCAUCAAAACCCAAAACGGGUCUCAUAAGGAUUCCUCGAAGAUGUGCAGCCACUGCGGCCAGUAAGACAGAGCUCAGGAGUGCUGUGGGAGAUGUUAGUUUAGGAAAUGUGUGUACUACAAGCAAAACUGGAAGGAAGAAGCUCCUCCGUUCUGCAUGUCCUGCAGCUGAGAAGAAUGUGAGUGAUUCUGAGGGAGCUGUAAACUGUGAAGUGCCAGGUGAACAGGACGCCUGUGAAGGGGAGCCCCCCGGCGCUGAGUCAGAGGGCAGUACCAAGAGCAGGAAGCAGGAAGUCCCCCAGUCUCCAAGUGGGGACUCAGACUCUGAAGGUGCGUCGGAUUCCGCGCCCCAGAGCAGACCUACCAGGCAGACCAGUAAGCACAGAACAAAUGUUGCACCUUUGAGAACGAAAAAUUCCUUGAUUGGGUCUUCAGAGGAAGAUUCAAAAAGCCAUAUUCCAGGGGGUGAUGAGGUUGAUAGAAAAUUUUCUUCUGAGUCAACCUUGGCACAAAAAGCUACUGCAGAGCAGAACUUUGAAGAGGAACUGAAUUAUGGGCUGCGCAGGUGGAAUGGCAAAAGACUCAGGACCUAUGGGAAGGCUCCUUUCAGUAAGACCACAGUGAUGGAGGACUCACAGGAAGCGGCCAAGACAGAAAGGAAAAGGAAGAGGCUGCACCCUGAAUUGGAAAAUGUGAAAAUUUCGGAAACAACAGGGGAUUCAAAGUGUGGACCUGACACUAGUCCUAAAUCUGAUUCAGAUUUGGGAUCUGUAACUGAGUCAGAUGUUGACUCUGCUGAUGAGACAAAAACCAAAAAGAGGAAAAUGAGAGGAAAAGCAAAAGUAGUUAGAAAAGGUAAAACUUUUCCAGCUAACAUACCUAAAACUGUGAGGCAACAAACACAAAGCAAGCGCCCCCGGUUAAAUGUGGACGACCAUGAGUGGGAGGAUUUGGACUAUGCAAAAUCCAAGAGAGUUCUUCGCCGUUCAAAAAUAAAAACGAGAAAUCAGGGUAGAAGGACCGUGAGAUACCAUGAUGGGGAUGAUGAUAGAAGCUUAGAAAAUGUGUUAGAUUUUGAUGAUCGCACCUUAUGACCUUGAGGGAAACCAGUUCAUUUAAAGAGGAAGUGGACUGGAAUUUAUGGUGAAAGUUGGCUAUUGAAAUUAUUUUUUUGUCCUACAAUUCAGGGAAUAUAUUUAUAUUUUUCUAUGAAAAGUUAUGAAUGUGACUAAAUCAUGACUGUUAUUUUUGUUUGCACUUGCUUGCCCUUGUAGCAGCAUUCAGCACAGGUGCCAAACUAUGCUUCAUUUUGGGGGCAGAUCUACUUUGACAGUAUUUAACUACAGAGAGCAAGAGUCUGAAAUGUGUUUAACACUAGACACCCUGGUUGUGAAACCAGUGAGCAUUACCUUCCUGGUAGCAAGUGCCAUGCAGCUGCUUUCUGAAUUCAUGAAGAGGUGGUAGUUUCUAAGCCCUGUCCUAUUGUAGUGGAACAAUUUCACAUGACCUAUGUUUACAGACUUGUCAUAAAUAUUAUGUGCAUACUGACAUUACAAUCAUGGGAAGUGUAACCAUGAUUAGUAGGCAAGGUACCUACCACUUUUUAUUUUUCUUUCCCUGGCUACUUGAGUAGAAUGCAUUAUACAAGAUUUGGUCAUUUUCAUUACAAUUGUUUCCAGUUUUCUUUCCAAAUGCUAUUGGGUCUGUCUGUCUGUCUCUCUGUCUCUGUCUGUCUCUGCCUCUGCCUCUCUCUCUCUCUCUCUCUCUCUCUCUAAGGAAAAUAUCAUCACUUUUAUUUUAUAAACUUGAAUUUAUAAAGUGCUGGUAAAUUAUUUUUUUUAAUGUUUUGAUUGUACGUUUUAAACCUCUAAGGCCAGACCAUAGUCCUAGCAUUUUUCUUUAAAAUUGUGCACUAACAAAAUGCUAUAUAAUUUGUCUUUCCAAGACCUCCUGGUUUCCAUGGACAGGAUUUAACCAAACUCUUGUCUUCCAUAGUCUUACUCUGUGAAAUAGAGGAGUUUGUGUGCCUUAGAUUUAGGAAAAGUUUGUUCUUUAAUAGCAUGUACAGGGCUAAGAGAGUAUUUAAAUUAUUUGUAGUUCCCCCGUUUUUAUUGAAAUCGUAGGGUUGAGUUUUGUUAAGUGUGCAAUCACCAAUCUCAUCUACAUAGGAAAAUAGUGAAAUGUUAUUCUCCAUCUCUCUGGUUUUACUGCUGCCAUGUGCAAUCCCAGGCAUUCUUUGCUGGGGCAACUAAGUGUAUCUUUAUUAGUGACCUCCAGUUUAAAUCUGUUUUAUGGAAAAAUAAUUUUGAAAUACAUUUAAAGUGGAACUUUUAUCACAUCAAGUACCAUAGUACACUUAUUUUCUCGAGCCAAAUAUUUUUACUUGAUAGGUUGUGCUACUCCGAACAGUAUAGGUGGCCAUUCCUAGCUUGUUUGUGCCUGAAGAUGGACUUGAUUCAAAUGGUUUACAUAUUUUGUAGCUAAGGGGUAUGUUACAGUACUCCACCUUUGUUAUUUAUUGGCCCUAUUUGAUUUCAGACAAAAUUCACCCUUUUCUCCUGUGUAUCCUUAAAGUGGCAGAUACGGAAAAGCAUCAGACUCUGGUAGCAGUGUUAGAGAAUGUUGUUAAGUGUUGUUUUUAAUUAUCUGUUCCAUUUGACAUGGUAGGAGGUAUUUUCUCUUUCUGCUCUGAUGUAAGGGGAAGGAUAUCUUUGGACAUUACCAACUGAAACAGGUGGGAUACCUGCCUGUCCUUUGGUUGUUUAGAGAGCCAUCACCACUUCAAACCUGAUGCUUUUCUUCGCAGUGCUUGUAUUCAGUGUGUAGUAGACAGUUUGGUGCAGGAUGAUUGGCCUGGACUAUUGACCUGAAAAAAUUAAUGGAAUGCCCUUUACUAUUUUCCUCAUUUUAAUGGUGAUAGAUGUCAUAUCCAUUAAUUUAUUUAAACUCUUAUUAAGCUUCUCCGUUUUCUAGCUAUUCUCAGGGUUAUACCUCCAUGUUUACCAUCAUUUGCAAAAAGGUACCCAAAAAAUCCAUAAAUAAAUAUGAAAUACACUCAAAUACAUAAAUUCUUUUGGUAAAAAUGAUACUUUGAUCAUUUAGCCUUGAUCAGUAGAACUAAUCUUAUCUUUUGGACUGAAUUAACUCGUCAUUGAUUGGCUGGUCAACUAAUUACUAAUUUUUCAUUUUUCCAAAGUGGUUAGAUCCUUGUUUAUAGGAGUAUUCUGGUUUCAUCUGAAAAAACAAGAAUUGGGCUGGUGGCUUUGAAAGCAUGGCUGACAAUGAUAGCAUUCUCAAGCUCUGAAGUAAAAUGAAGGGAUUAGAGAGAAUUGUUUUUAUGGGUCUUUUUGGUCAUGGUGCUAUUUCUAAGGUUCACUUUGAAUAUGUGACACACACACUCCUACGUACUUUAAGGGAAAUUAAUAAAUAAUACAUAGUUCAAAUGUUUACACUGAGCGCUAAAACGUUUGACUUUUUUUUCCUACUUCUUUUUACCCAAAAUGCGCAGGGAUAUAAUGCACAGAUGUACUUUAAUUUGUUCAGGAUCAGUGUGUAUUUUUCUUGUGAGAAAACAUAAAAGGUUACAAAUUGAAUGUGAACUGAUCCAGAAGUAAGUGCUAUAGCUCUCCAUUGCACUUGAAGUUACUUAAUGGUAUAUGAAAAAGAAAGACUACUGUGGUUGUUGUGUAUGUCCAGAGUCCUAUGAUUUUAUUCAUUUAUGGUUUGAAAAAAAGUUUGAGAUGUUUAGAUUUGAUUUUUGAUUUCUUUCAAAGACUAAUUUUACCAAGCCUAUUAAGAAAAAAGAUUUCAAACAUUUAAAAAAUAGGUAAGGUUUUACAAGCAUCUUUUUUUUAUAUCCUAUUUAUUUAAAAAUAGGGUAUUUCUGACAAUGUGUAGUAACUUCUGAAUAAAAGGAAAAGUUUAUCCCAUUUUCAGAUAAUUCCUAGGGUGAGUGUUCUCCCUUUUUUAUUUUAGGGGAAAAUCUCUGAUUAAAUCCUUUCUCAGUUUGGUAAUCCUUUGGAAGGAAGAUAAAGCAGUUAAAACAAGUUUCUUUCCAAUAGUAGAGUGUUGUGCCUGAAAAGGGAAUUAGUUUUAUAAUAAGGAAAUGGGGGGAAAGGACUUGUUUUGGGAAAAAGCACUUCAAAAUGUCGAAAUGGGAAUGGGAAAAGGAGACAUAAACCAAUGAAAAGACCAUCUGAGGUCACUACUGUCCAGAAAUAAGGAGCGACGUCAGCA